UUAUUAGUGACGAAUGGGAAGCGCAAAAUGACGUCAGAGCAGCAGUGUACACGCAGACGAGAGUUUCCGGUUUUGGCGCGCACGCGCACUGGCCGGUUUUUUUUUUUAUUAUUAUUAUUAGUACCGAACUGAACUGUUGGUUGGUAACUAUCUUAGCGGCUUUUCUCGACAGCAUUUGAACUGAAAGGAACUGAAGUGCCAUAUUUUUGAGUUCACCGAGUGGACCACAGAAUUCAUAAAUCUCUAAAGGAUGGCUUUAUUAUUGACGCAUCCGUCCCUGAUGUAACGGAGCCGAGCGGUGAGAACCCGGUCCUUACGAUCAGACAGAUAUUUAUGUAACUUAUAUCUUAAACACAUCUGGCAGCAUGUAAUCAGUCGACUAUGUCUCCCAAAACCCUACGGACAUGCUUUAAAUUAUAAAACAGGCAUCAGUUUAUCAUAUAAACUGUCCUCGGCCUGAUCUGACGUUAACUGUGGUGGUGUUUCGAAAUCUAGUGAGCUGCCUAUCUAGACAGCAUGUAGGGUGUGUGCGAUUCGUGAAUUAUGAGGAACGUAUGCGCCUUUGAAAGCCCCGAUGAAUGAUAUCUAUGACAUGCCACGUCGUCUUAGCACACCUGAACACGUGUGAAAGCCCCUGAUGACGAGGAGGAUGAGGAUGCCCUGACACGUGACGUCAUGGAGGAAUGCACCUGCACUCGAAGCAGCUGCCAGUGAAGGUUUGAUUCGUCCACAUCACCUGCUCAUCCACUCCAGCAAUGGGAAGGAUUAGCAUUUCCUGUCUGUUUCCAGCAUCCUGGCACUUCAGCCUGUCUCCGGUGGUUCUGCCGCGGUUCCUGUUGCCUUCCUUCAGGCAGCUGCUGCUGCUGGGUCUGUUGGCGGGUGUGAUGGGGCUGCUGUACCUGCUGCUGGUCACAGGGAAGGGCCAGUACAGCUGGCUAAGAGAGGACCGACACCUCCACACACGUUUGGGUCGGGUGCCGGACAUGGAGGCCACGGACACCAAUAACCCCAACCUGAACUAUGGGCUGGUGGUGGACUGUGGCAGCAGUGGCUCCCGUGUGUUUGUGUACACCUGGCCUCGGCACAACGGCAACCCGCAUGAGCUCCUGGACAUCAAACAGAUGCGAGACCAGAACAGGAAGCCUGUAGUGAUGAAGAUCAAGCCAG